CGCCCUCGAGCCGCCGAGCCGGAGCCGUCCGCCGCCCGCGGAGGAGGCGGAGGAGCCGGAGGGGCCCGCCGAGGCGGCGGCGGCGGCAAGAUGGCGGACUUCCUGCCGUCGCGGUCCGUGCUGUCCGUGUGCUUCCCGGGCUGCGUGCUGACGAGCGGCGAGGCCGAGCAGCAGCGCAAGUCCAAGGAGAUCGACAAAUGCCUGUCGCGGGAGAAGACCUACGUGAAGCGGCUCGUGAAGAUCCUGCUGCUGGGCGCGGGCGAGAGCGGCAAGUCCACCUUCCUCAAGCAGAUGCGCAUCAUCCACGGGCAGGACUUCGACCAGCGCGCGCGCGAGGAGUUCCGCCCCACCAUCUACAGCAACGUGAUCAAAGGUAUGAGGGUGCUGGUAGAUGCUCGAGAGAAGCUUCACAUUCCUUGGGGGGAUACCUCAAACCACCUCAAUGGAGACAAGCUGAUGGCGUUUGAUACACGGACCCCCUUGACGGCCCAGGGAAUCGUGGAAACUCGAGUUUUUUUACAGUAUCUUCCUGCUAUAAGAGCAUUAUGGGCAGACAGUGGUAUACAGAAUGCCUAUGACCGGCGUCGAGAAUUUCAAUUGGGUGAAUCUGUAAAAUAUUUCCUGGAUAACUUGGAUAAACUUGGAGAACCAGAUUACAUUCCAUCACAGCAAGACAUUCUGCUAGCCAGAAGGCCCACCAAAGGCAUUCACGAGUACGACUUUGAAAUUAAAAAUGUUCCUUUCAAAAUGGUUGAUGUAGGUGGUCAGAGAUCAGAAAGAAAACGUUGGUUUGAAUGCUUCGACAGCGUGACAUCAAUACUUUUCCUUGUUUCCUCAAGUGAGUUUGACCAGGUGCUUAUGGAAGAUCGUCUGACCAAUCGCCUGACAGAGUCUCUGAACAUUUUUGAAACCAUCGUCAAUAACCGGGUUUUCAGCAACGUCUCCAUAAUUCUCUUCUUGAACAAGACAGAUUUGCUUGAGGAGAAAGUGCAAAUUGUGAGCAUCAAAGACUAUUUCUUAGAAUUCGAAGGGGAUCCCCACUGCUUAAGAGACGUCCAAAAAUUCCUGGUGGAGUGUUUCCGGAACAAGCGGCGGGACCAGCAGCAGAAGCCCCUGUACCACCACUUCACCACAGCCAUCAACACGGAGAACAUCCGCCUCGUCUUCCGUGACGUGAAGGACACCAUCCUUCACGACAACCUCAAGCAGCUCAUGCUCCAGUGACGUACAGGAGACUCGCUGUCUUCGUACCUUUUUGUCUUUUUGAUUGUUUUCGGUUUGUUUUGUUUCUUUAAAAUAGAAGUUUACAACAGGAAUUAGAAAAAUCUUGAUUCUGUGUUUAACUUCUUGGAAAUCUUAGUCGUUCUUCUGCGGCCUUUGGUUGUGGCUGAGAGCCGCUGAGUAACACGGGGCCAAUAUCUGCUGAGGCUUGGCUUUGAUCUCUUUCACUCCGGCUUCCAUUGGAGUGGAGUCAUUUCCUGCCAGACCUCAGACAAGGCAUCCCUCAGGCUUUAAAUUCUUCCACUUUUCAAACUGAAUUCUCCUGUAGUGCCAAGUAUAGAAGGUGUCCUUAAUAUUUGUAGGCCUGAGGUUGAGAAUGUUCAGUUCUAGAACGAGUAAGAUACCUUUUGUUCGCCCUGCAGGUAGCAGCCACACUUGUGCCCAGCUUUAUGGUGACCUGUUUUGAAAGGGCCACUGGAAAAUGUGUGAUCUAAGGAAUGGCGUUCUGUAGCUUCACCCAGGUUCAGCCUUCACGGUUUUCUGAUUGCUUAUAUACACAGCAGUUGUUUUUUUUUUAAAUUUCUGUGGUUUCUGAAGGCAAUAUUCUGGUGUGUUUAAAGUUUACAUGAGGAUCUCUGGUCUGAUGGUAAUGAACGCUCACAAAUGGUCCAGGGGAGCACAAGGCAGGCGCAUGCCAUCCGUAGUGUUUUGAUUAAAAGUCAUGAGUGAAAUGUUAUUUGCCCUUUUCAUAUUUAAAUAUCAUGUAAUCAGUGUGCUAUACGGGAAACCUUCUGGCCAUAGCAGCAGCUAAAAACGUGCGAGAACCUGAUAACAGAACGUCCUAAAUAAAUACACCCUUUCCCAAGAAUAUUAUGUGUUUUACUCUCAGACUUUGAAACCCUGUCUCAGCUGAUGUGGGUCCUUACGGUGGGAUCACUGCUGCACCAUCACAAACAUUGUCCUUCCGCUCUCCUGUCUGUUCCCAUCAACUCCAGACGGUGGCAUUUAUGGGCUGUUUUUUGGAGCUUUUGCCAAGGGCAGUAUUUUCCUGCCACACUAUUCACUUCUAUUUGAGAUUCUUACUCAUUCUUGGUGUCUCUGAAAGAGUAUGUGUGUGUUUGCAACAUCAUUGUUUACGAAAUUCCAGCUUUCUUGAGGUACAUUUUGAAGGUUUCAAGGAUACUUUCAAGAAUAAGUAGUAAUUUUUUUAGUUCAUACUGCAAGGUGAUUACAUUUGACCUCCUCCACCACUUACCAAAUUAAAACGUACCCAUGAAGUAGCUUUGCAAUUACAGAUACAUUCAUAGUGAACUCAUCAGAGUGGCUGGUUUGCAGAACUAAAAAUACUGCCCUGUAGGUUAUGCGUAGUGUCAGAAUUGGAUUAGAGAAACAGAUGUACAAGACUGGUGACAGUUUGGAAAGUCUGAUGGCUUUUCUUCCUUUCCUGAAAAUUGUGAUUAAGACCGUGAUAUCUUUCACUUCACUGUAUAGCUGACUGUGUUCUCAGGUAUUUUAUUGGCUAGAAAGUCCUUGAAAGAUUGGUCAACAUUCUGGAUCACCCAGCCUUUCUAAGACAAUGGCUCUGGGUCUGUCUUGCUGUCUAGUAAGAAUAGGGCUUUGCAGUGAACUGACCAGGGAUUGUCCUCAAUGUACCUGACUUUUCUUGCAUUUGAAACUCCACCAUCAUUACACCCAUAACUGCCAGUGUUUUCGUGUCUUGGUUGACACCUGAGCUAUUGACAUGUAGCCCUACAUCCUGAUGCAGGCGUCCAUAGUACAGCAGAGUUCACGCACGUCAGAAUAGUUCUGUAUCUAUAGUGCUUCUUACCAAAAAGAGUGCAUUGUUUAAUCCACAGAGUUAGAACCAUUUCAGGGCCGAGGAGUAUCUGAGUAUAUGCACAGUAACGUGGAGACUUUGGGUGGAAGGUCUGUGUGUAAAUUUAGCAAAUGGUCCUAUCGAAUGGCCAAAGCAUCAUUUCACUCCAGUGUAUGUAUAAAGAGGAAGGUUACUCUCAGUUAAGUUAUAUUUCAGAUCUGAAAUAUAUGAACCAUAAAUACUGCCUGACAAGCACCAUUUUGACUACCACAGAGAAAUGUUAAAACACCAAAUAGAUAGGAUAUUACUUUGGGCAUUUGAGAUUUCCUUUCCUGACGUGUGUGAAGUCUCAAAGUCAGCUUUCUUUUAAAAUAAAACCUAGCCUAUAUUUUGAGGCAGUAAAUUACUUACAUUUAAUGGCAGGCUGGUUUAGACACUCAGUGGAACUUUAAGUUCCAAUCUGAAGGCUUUAGUCCACAUGUUUUAUAUACUGUACUUUUAAACCGUUUGAAGGAGUCCUAUACCUACAGCAUGAAAACCAGAGCCUUUUGAAACACCACUGUGUGAAGAGGGAGAUGAGAUUCAGUGACAAAGCUGAAAGGGAGCUCAUAGUUUUGCCCUAUGCCAGUGUCCCCCCAGUCUCUAAAAAUGUAAGUUGGAUUUAAAGCUGUUCAGUGUGUUUGAUUUUCUAAGUCUUCAUGGUUAUGAUUUGGAAUAAAAUGUGCCCAAUUCUCUAUUACAUUCUCCUCUUAAGUCUGAGUGUCUUCUUGCUUAUUAAUUCUUAAGAAAUGUCACACAAGUGUCUUCACUGAUCUUGAAGAAAUUUAUAGUAUACAGAGUUGCCUUAUAAAUCAAAGAACAGCACAGAGUUUUGCCUUGAUUAUCUUAUAGGGAAGAGGUAUUGUCAGACGUUUUUCUGAAGAUCCAAAUAAUGUAAUGCCUCUGUCAGAUAUUUUUAAUAACCCGUAUCAUUGCUUGCUGCCAAAUAUAUUGCAUUGAAAUCUUCUUCUCAAUUGUAUUGUCUGGAAAGGGCAUUUGACAGCUAGAUCACAGCAGCGACCAAAGAAGGCAUCGUGGAGUGAACAUGGUUUGGCUGUUUGGUUUGGUUUGAAGCUGCACUGGCGUGUAUUUUACAUGGUGAAGGUCCUCUGGUUAAACUCCCAAGGGAGGUUGUCGAGCGAGGUCCUUGUUCAUUUGUUGGCAGUGGUCAGUAUAAAGUAGAAGAAAGGAAGAUUCCCUUAAUACCAGAAGUGAUUAGAAGUGUUGGUUCAGACUCACAAAAAUCAUAUGCCCCAGAAUUGUUUGUAAGCGGGAAUGAGUAAAUCUGAACUUCCAAUGUAUACCCCAAUACUUGUAUUUAUGCUUUUGGUAAAAUGUAUUUUCAGCAUUAGUACACAUAUCCGGUGUUAUGCCUUAUUUAUGUGAAGAAUAAAGUUACCAAGUUAUGUUCUGUUAUGUUCUGAAACUCAAAUCACUAUUUGAGAAACCCUCAAAUUGGUGCUUUCAUUAUAUAAUGAUACAUUUAGACAAAACCCCAAACCAAGCCAUUUGAAACAAGAUUCUCUUCAUUGCAAUUUGUAGCAAUGUUAUUUCUGUAUAUGUAAUGAGAAGGCUAAAUACCAGUGUUAACUCUUAAUUUCUUGUUUGAAUCCGUGAAAUCGUGCCUGUAAAGCUCAGUCAAACAUUUGUAAUAAACUCCCCAAUAAAUCUAGAGACAGUCACUCUGUUA